UCCGUUUCCGGUGUAAACAAGCGGGUUUAACAGAGAAAUCAAAAACUUUGGUAGCACUGGUGGUCAUUUCUUAUCAGUUCAAAUGUCUUCAGCUCCAGAAACAGAAAUGAAAGAGGCAGAUAGCGGGGUUCGCUACUACUGCACUGCUGGGAACGGCAUGGAGCGCUUCCUGGUCGAGGAGGUGAAGAGAAAGCUGGCUGCCGAGGACGUGAGUGUUAGCAUCAUGGCUAACCAGGCUAGCCCCAGACACGACUGGGCUAACAGAUUCAUCAAAUUCCUGGAAAGGUGUUGUUCAGCUCCUCCGCUGCGAUCCAUAGAGUUUGCGACCUAAAAGCUGCAGAGAGACUUUUCCUUCUAUUGAAGCAAGACUCUCCUGUUCGGAUGCCCACCCACACCAGCCCAGCAAAGGCGGCAUCGCUGCUGCAGUCCAGACUGCUGGGUGACAGCAGGGGUCGGUGGAUCAGCGCUGCAGUGACGUGGAGUCGCCUGCAGGGGGAGCUGGCCUCAAGCAGAAACGCCGUCAGAGCGAGCGCCACGCAGAGGGUUGGAGAGAACGGGAGAGGGAGUGGAAAGCAAAGCGAUGAGGGGGAAGAGGGUCGCCAGGAGUCCAGGAAACGCGCACAGGAGUUUACGGCGGCGGAGGAGAGCGUUGAUAAGAGACCGAGAGGAGGAGAACAGAGUGGAAGACGUGCGGAGGGACUGCAAGCAGAGGAUGGUGUCAGGGAGCCGGAGGCGGUGUGUGGUGCCGGUUCCGGAGAAGAAGUGGAGCAAAAUGUGGAAAGCUGUGGCAAGAGCGCGGAUGGCUUGGGAAAAGAUGCUGGUUGGGAAAGCGUGGGAAAUGUCUCUUUCAGGAUCAGCUGUAAAUGCAGCGGAUCGCUGUCCAGAUGCGUCAGCACACAGGAGGUGAGCAAAGUGAUGGGAGUGGGUCUGAGCCGACUGCUUGGCUGGAAGGCUGACGUGAGGAACCCUAACCUGGAGAUAAACGUCUAUCUGAGUGAUGACUACUGCCUGCUGGGAAUACCACUGACCAGGUUGCCUCUGGCUAAUCGCAGUUAUAUUAAGACCACAGGGCUGAGGUCUACCAUAGCCUGGGCCAUGGCUUCGCUGGCUCAGAUACAGCCAGGUUUUUGUGUAGUCGAUCCAAUGUGCGGCGUGGGAACCAUCUUAAUAGAAGCUGCAAAAGAACAGCAGGCCGCCUGUUUCCUGGGUGUGGACAUUGAUGAUGGACAGCUACAGAAUGCUGAUGAGAAUAUCGCGUUCGCAAAGCUUCAAAGCAGAGUACACCUUCUGAAAGCAUCGUCUAUGGUGUUGCCUCUGCCCAGCGCCAGCGUUGACGCCGUCGUCUGUGACUUGCCGUUUGGCAGGAAGUUCAGCACCAGAGAAAAUAUGGCCGAGAGCCUUCCAGUCAUCCUCAGUGAGAUGGAGAGAGUCCUCCGUGUCGGUGGCACCCUGGUGGUGCUCCUGAGUCCUCAGUUGUCUUGUCUCCUGAAAAAACAUCUACCACAAACACACGCUGGACCAAAGCGCAACGAGGCGGCGGCGGAGUCACAAACCGGGAUAGAAAGCGGCCUCGUUUCAUCGCCAGAGCAGCAGAUUACCCAAAUGCAGUCCUCGUCUUCACAGGAAACCGUGACCGUUUCAUCUCUGGCACACCAAACCACCCUCAGGGUCAGCUUAGGGGCAAUAGAUGGACUUAUUCAUAGAUAUGUUAAAAUACUUGAUUAGCGAUGACGGGAAUAGCAUUUCUAAUAUUAGAAUUGUCUGUCAUUUCAGGGAAAAUGUAUAAAGUAUUAAAGUAUAAAUAAAUAUUUCUACAUAUAA